AAAUCAAACACAAUUCUUGUAAACUAAUACUAAAUGCUCUGUAAUGUUUAUUGAUGAAUAAAGUUCAACUUCUUGAAUGGGAUUGAGUGGAUAAAAAGAGCCAAGAUUGAUAGGAUUGGUUCCCUAUAAUUUUAAACAGAAAUGAGGAAUCCAUAAAUUAGAACUCCAAAAACUUACCCAAAAAUGAACAAAAUUCCAUUGAUUUCCAGACAUACUUGAAAAUGUCAACCCAAAGGAUAAGCCACGGCAAAGCCUUUCAUUGUUUAUAGGAAAGUGGCCUUCACGUAAACAAAUAGAGAAUGGAAGAAGAGAAGGUUGGCUAUACUUCGUAGUUGGUGACCUCCACGUCUACCAGAACUUCAAAACGUUCUCCAACUAUGUAAAUAUAUAUAGCACCCCAGGCAGUAAACCUCCAUCCCACAAUUAUCAUAGCCUUUUUCCUGCUCUUCUCCCAAGCUCCAAGCUGAUAUCCCUGAAAAAUGGCAAGCAGUCACCUGGCAUUUUUCAUUUCAUCACUGUUGCUUCUUCCAUUGGCCUUCCCCUCCAUAGCUGCUUAUGGAGACAUCCCACAAGAGAAGAAAAGUGAGGUAGUUGUGGAAGGAAUGGUCUACUGCCAGAGCUGUGAUAAUUAUGGACCAUGGUCCUUGUCGAAAGCAGAACCAAUCGCUUCAUCUAAAGUUAGUGUCACCUGCAAAAAUUACAAGAAUCAAGUUAGCUUCUACAAGGCUUUUGAAACAGAGGGGAAUGGUUACUUUUUUGCUGAACUUGAAGGGUUCCAAAUGAGCAACUCGCUGUUGGACCAUCCUCUUCAAUCUUGUCAUGUCCAGCUUGUUUCAUCACCUCUUGGGAACUGCAACCUCCUCUCCAAUGUUAACUACGGGCCGUAUGGCUCCCCACUUCGUUAUGAAAACAAGAGACUAUACAGAAAGGAUUACGAUGUUGUGAUCUAUGCUGCAGGCCCCCUGGCUUUCCGACCAGCAGCACAUUGUCCUGCCCCAGCUCACCAUUAAAGUGACUACCAGAUUACCUUUCAACCUGAACCG